AUGCCUUCUUUCACCACCAUCGUCACCCUCCUCGCUGGCUCCGCCAUCGUCAACGCCGCCGCAGUCCCUACCGAGCAGCACCUCACCACCACCACCCUCCACACCCGUGAGCUUGCCAAGCGCGAGCCCGUCACCGCCGCCAUUCUCACCGCAGCUGGUACUGCGGCCGUCACUGCCAUCGUCAACGAAGCCGUAAAGGCGGCCGUUGGUUUCAUCGGCGACAUCUCCAACUUUGACGCUGGUCGUGAGGCCUUUACUGUGCAGACCACUGAGGCUAUGAUGGCCAACAACCCCGAUCCUGAGCGAUUCCAGGCUGCUGCUUGUUACAACCAGGGUUUCUCGGUUGCUGAUCCUGCCAACAUUGAUGGACAGUCUUCUGUUGAGUUUAGCCUUGGUAUUCUCAACACUGAUUAUGAGUGCAUGUACAUUGCUGCUCCUAACCAGUUCUUCACUGAGGGUGAUGGUGGUUUGAUCAACCUUUCUUUCACUCACACCGACCGAUGCACCUUCGACCAGGAGACUGCUGAUCUCACUUGUGUUUAA